GCAUUUUCAUCCUUUCUUGCGCGACGACGAGAUGUCUUUUUGAUCAGGCGCCUCUGGGACAUCGAUGACAUUAAUUUCCCAGCAUGCACCACGCUCUUUCUUUUCCUCCAUUUUUCUUUUCUGUGCAGGUUUUCAGAGCCUGGACGCCACACAACCACGAUGCCAGGAAGGCUGUGGUGCAAGGCCAUCUUUGCGGGCUACAAGCGCGGUCUCAGGAACCAGCGGGAACACACUGCUCUGCUGAAGGUGGAAGGUGUCUACACACGGGAGGAGACUGACUUCUACCUGGGCAAGCGGUGUGCCUAUGUCUACAAGGCCAAGAAGAACACUGUGACCCCUGGGGGCAAACCCAACAAGACAAGGGUCAUCUGGGGCAAAGUCACACGUGCCCAUGGCAACAGCGGGAUGGUGCGUGCCAAGUUCAGCAGCAACCUUCCUGCAAAGGCCAUUGGGCACAGGGUGCGAGUGAUGCUGUACCCAUCGCGAGUGUGACGAGCUGUACAUAAAAUAAAGAUUUGAACAAUCCCA